AACCUCUCCACUCUCCAUUGAGCACUGAGUGCCACGCGCACUCGGAUUACAGUUGUCUUCAAACAUCCACAGAUGAACUGGAACUGCACUUUUGCACGCAUAUUCUUUGCAUGGACCUCUAUCAGUUUAAAGUAUUUUAACUAAAACUAAGAGGAAAAAGCCAGCCAAACAACAACAAAAAUCAAGAGCAUGGAUCCACUCUACACGCCAACGGAUUUCCUAAACGACACCAUGGAAAACAAUUCUUCCAAUUUAACGGAUUUCUAUGAUAACCGGUUUGCCCAACCUGCGUGGCAGGUCGUGGUAUGGGCAAUUGCCUACUGCAGUAUAGUACUCGUAUCGGUGGUUGGGAAUAUUGUGGUGAUCUGGAUCGUCCUUGCGCACAAACGGAUGAGGACCGUCACCAAUUACUUUUUGGUCAAUCUUGCCUUUGCCGAGGCAUCGAUGGCAGCUUUUAACACAGUGAUUAAUUUUGUCUACGCGAUGCACAACGAGUGGUACUUUGGGAUGGGGUACUGUCGAUUCCACAACUUCUUCCCAAUUGCCGCAGUCUUCGCAAGUAUUUACUCAAUGACAGCUAUAGCCCUGGACAGGUACAUGGCCAUUAUUCACCCCCUCCAGCAGCGCCUCUCCUCCGGUGAGACCAAACUGGUGAUCGGGGUGAUAUGGGUCCUGGCUCUGCUCCUUGCCUUCCCUCAGUACUACUACUCCACCACCUUGGACAUGUCAACUCGCACCAUCUGCUACAUAGAGUGGCCCGAGUAUGAGAUAUGGGAUUUCAAGCUGACCUACCACAUCUGUGUGACCGUGUUGAUCUAUUUGCUGCCGCUGGUGGUGAUGGGUGUUGCCUAUCUGGUGGUGGGGCUGAACCUGUGGGCCAGCGAGAUCCCUGGAGACUGCACCGAGCGCUACCGCGAGCAGCUCACCGCCAAGCGCAAGGUGGUGAAGAUGAUGAUCGUGGUGGUGUGCACCUUUGCCCUGUGUUGGCUGCCCUACCACGUCUACUUCCUGCUCUACCACCUGUAUCCACAGGUGUUGGAGGAGCCCUACAUCCAGCAGGUCUACCUGGCCAUCAUGUGGCUAGCCAUGAGCUCCACCAUGUACAACCCCAUCAUCUACUGCCUGCUCAACGACAGGUUCCGUGCAGGGUUCCAGCAGGCGUUCUACUGGUGCCCCUUCGUUCCGGAAGGCUCCUACAAGAGCCUGGAACUCAAGACCACCCGCUUCCUGCAGACCCAGGUCAGCAUGUAUCGCGUCAGUCGCAUGGACACCACCGUCUCCACCGUGCUGCCCUGCGGGAGCCCAGACAGCGCCGGCCCGGAUCCGUACCAGGCCAGGGACGUGGAGGACGAGGAGGAGGAACUGGGUUCCAUGGACCAGCACACCACAUUUGACUUCACCCCCAACGGGUCUACUCACGACAGCCAUCACAAGAACAGCCCACCUCCUUCCCCCACCACCACCACCUGGACCAGAGAAGACUUCCUUUCAGGCCCCAAAGAGGACCAUGCUGGUGCCGGCGGUUACCAUAUCUGAUUUUAACUGGCAUGUUGGAAUGGUGGAUGAUUAGAGCGCACCAGAACGAAACAGUUGGUAAACCGAGUAAUUGAUUUCUUUCCUAAAUGUGAACCCUGACAACAUACAUAGAGACGUCAACAGGUUAAUCUGGGGUGACAUGCAGUAAAAUACAAAACAAUACCACACAUGAAUGGUCGGUCACUGGUAAGCAAUUUGGUGGCCAGCUUAACUGCUGCGGGAACCGUCACUUGGCACCGUUCUGGACGGCCAGAAAACAGCUUGAGAGACCCAGAGGAAGAAUAUAAGUAAUGUGUGGGCAGAGCAGAUGGAAAGGGGGACUUCUGCUGUAUACACAGGAACAAACACAUGAAGCCUGCUAGAGAGCUAUUGUUUUGGACUCUUCCUCCAGAGAUUUUACAGGUUGCCAAAACUCUCAUUCACUUUGCCAUUCAGACUUGAAGACGUGGGAGAUGGCAUUGACCAAGUACAUGUGAGGGGGAAGCUUUGGGAAAUGAGCCUAAUCUGAGUUCUGGUGUUUGGGCUUAGGUUUGUAGAUACAGUAGUCAACUGCAUAGCAUUGGCAAGCAAUGAUGGCCUUUCCCCCAAAUGACUGAAGACAGUGUCAGCAAUGCAGGCCAUCUCUGUGUUUGCUGAUGAGUCGUCCUCUUAGGACAAGUUCCAGUGAACAACUACACUCCCAGGGAAGCCAUCAGGGGAGG